AUGAGCGCGACGCCUCCCCAGGAUGUUAUCAAUACGACCUACGGCGCACUCGUCACGGGUAUCUGGAUACAACAGCUGUUUCUCGGCUACAUACUGGCGCAGAUGAUUGAUUAUUACCGUAAAUUCUACAAGACCGACAAGAAGUUCAACAGGGUCAUAGUACACGCGCUUCUCUUCUUGAAUGUCUUCCUCGGUGCCAUCGAUUUUCACGUUCUCUACCGUACAUCAGUCCUUCAUUACGGCGACUACGACCAUUUUGAUGGGCAGGCGUGGACCAUGUCCUCAGAGCCCGGCUGGACCGCCAUUGUCGGACUUGUAGCCCAAAUAUUUUUCUUGAAUCGUUGUCAUAACAUCGUGCAGUCCAAGCUUCUGACGAUUUUUCUGCUGUUGCUCGUGCUCUUCUGCUUUGGCUCCGGAGCGGCUGUGUCUAUAUCGUUCAUGAUUUACGGACGGUUCAGCUCUCUCGGAUCUUUCAAGAAGCCGAUCAUUCUUUGGCUUACAUCGACUGCAGGUGCCGAUAUCGUGAUCGCCGUUGUCCUCGCCUGGCACCUCAUCCGAUCGCGCACGGGAUUUAGGAAGACGGACGCGCUCAUCACUCGUCUGAUUACGCUGUCGAUGGAAACGAGUGCAAUGACGGCGCUCGUGGCCCUGCUGAACUUGGUAUUGUACUUGCCCCUCCAAGAUACCGCAUACCACCUCCUUCCGCAGUUCUCGAUCAGCAGGAUAUACACGAUCACAGUCAUGGUCACUCUUCUUGCUCGAGACAAGCAACGACGUAUGCUGAACAGCACGGAAGCCGCGUCGUUCCCUACUGCCAUCCGGGUCGGCGUCACCACUUCGACGCAAUGCGACUUCCGCAACGCUACCGCCAAGGAUCAAGAAUACGAGCUGUCGACUCAGGCAGGCCAAGAGGUGGCUCCGGACAAGAAGAGCUACUGGCAGGAUGACCGCCCUGGAACAGCUGAAGCAUAG